UUGAAUUUUUAAAAAUUAACCUAAAAUCAUAUGAUAAACAAAGUCCCAAAUAUAAAAAUUAAUAAUGUACGGCGAUAAGACCUUCAAAUUGUUAAUCGCCUCAAGAAAAAAUACAAUACUUCCUGGUUUCGCAUAGUGGCAAAUUCGGCGUGUUAACAUGAAGUGCUUAAACACGUUAAAAUAUAUUUUACCAAGGAAACGUUGCAUUAGACAACUGUCCACCAUUCCCAGUUUCGUAACUAAACAAUCAGACGAAGCCCUUUGUACCCAGGCGGUGAAAGAUGCCGAAAAAAUUGUGGGAUAUCCCACAUCAUUUCUUAGUCUUCGUUGGCUGUUGAAUGAUGAAGUUGCGAAUAUCGCUCUGCAUAUCAGAAAACUUGUUGGUACAAAUCAUCCACUACUUAGUACUGCGAGAGAUUUACUUCUGUCAAGGGAAGUGCCUGCUUGGGGGUUAAUUGUUUUGCUAAUUUCUAAGGCAGGAGGAAUAAAAUCCCCAUUGUCGCAUCUAGAAUAUGAUGUUACGGCAGGUAUUCUACACAGUCAAAGGGUCCUUGCAGAAGUGACAGAAAUGAUUAGAACAAGUAACAUAGUACAUAAUAGUCUGUUAAACAUUGAAAACAAGGCAGAAGAAGAGUUACUAAACCUUAAUUUUGGUAACAAAAUUGCUUUGCUUACUGGGGACUACUUACUAAGUUCGAGUUUUCGCGAGUUAGCUGGACUAAAAAAUCAAGAGGUGAACGAAAUUGUCUCUGCAACACUAAGAGACCUUGCUGAGUCCCAAUUUAUAGAACCUAGGGACUCACAAAACAGACCACUACCCUCCAAACCCUUACCAAUACAAGAAGACAUAGAAAUUGCCAAUCAGUUUGGCACUGAUCCUGUACCUUUAGAGAAAGUUUUAGGCAAUUGUAAGUCGGAAUGGACGUUAAGACAUCUAUUAGGUGGUGCUUCAUUGUUGGCAAAAUGUUGCCAAGGCACCUUAAGACUAGCUGGACACUCUGAUGAGUUGCAAGAACAUGGCUAUGUAUUUGGCAGGAAUAUGGCUUUAGCCUGGCAGGCCAGAAUUGAUGCAGAAUUGUUCAAGGAUGGUGUCACAGGUCCAUUUAGUUUAAUAUCGGCACCCGUUAUGUUUCAUUUAAGGCAUGAUCCUUUUUUUUAUGAUGAAAUUAUUAAGGGACAAAAUGGUGUGGAAAAAGUAGAUUAUGAGUAUAUUAGAGAGGUUGUUAAAGAAGGUCCUGGGCUGGAUGAAACUACUGAAUUGAAAAAGGAGUUUUCAGAUAAAGCGCUGGAUGUUUUAAACGAAUUUAACGAUAAUGAGGCCAAAAAUGCCCUAGUCAAUAUGAUAAAUAGUUUGUAAAUAGGUCACAAUAAAUAAUAGGUAUUUAUAUAAAA